AUGAUGGAGGCGGGGCGGCGCAGCACGGGCAUGUCGGCCACGAACCUGCACGUGCUGGACCGGCCGCUGAGCCGCGGCAAGGGCGAGGUGAGCCUCAGCGCCUUCUCCUUCCUCUUCUCCGAGAUGGUGCAGUACUUCCAGGGCCGCGUGCAGAACAUCUCGGACCUGGAGAACCGCCUGGACGGCGCCGGCUUCGGCGUGGGCGUGCGCGUGGUGGAGCUGCUGUGCCACCGCGAGAAGUCCGGGCGGCGCGAGACGCGGCUGCUGGCCAUGCUGCAGUUCAUCGUGUCCACGUGCUGGAAGGCGCUGUUCGGCAAGGCGGCGGACGCGCUGGAGCGCAGCACGGAGAACGAGGACGAGUACAUGAUCCACGAGCUCGAGCCGCUCACCAACAAGUUCGUGUCGGUGCCGCCCGACCUCGGCCAGCUGGACUGCGCCGCGUACAUCGCCGGCAUCGUGCGCGGCAUCCUGUGCAGCAGCGGCUUCCUGGCCGAGGUCACGGCGCACACGGUGGAGGUGCCCGGCGGGCAGAGGGACAAGACCGUCUUCCUCGUCAAGUUCGACGAGAGCGUCAUCCGCCGCGAGCGCGUGCUCACAUAG